UAUACGUUUGCAGUGAUGGCAUCCUUAACUCAGAAAGCGAGUGGAGUUGGGCGUGACAAACAUCCACGAAAACAAGAUAAGUUUCUUCAGUAUGGGACGGCUGGAUUUAGGACAAAGGCCGAAGAUCUGGACCAUGUCAUCUUCAGAAUGGGGUUGUUGGCAGUGUUGGCUUCAAAGGCAAGAAAAGCCACCAUUGGUAUGAUGAUCACCGCGUCUCACAACCCCGAGGAGGACAACGGCGUCAAGAUGAUCGACACCAUGGGAGAGAUGAUGCCAAGAGAGUGGGAGGUGUACAGCACCGAGCUGGCCAAUGUCAGUGAUGAGAAGAUCUCAGAGAUCUUGGAGAAGAUCAUUGCCUCCGAGAAGAUUGACAUGUCAGUUGAAGCACACGUAUCUUAUGCUAGAGACACCAGGCCAAGUAGUGCCUCCCUGGCUCACGCCUUGAUGGAGGGGAUCCAAGCACUGGAUGGAAAGUUCCAGGAUUUUGGCCUGCUGUCCACCCCCCAGCUCCACUACAUCGUGUGCUGCAAGAACACCCAGGGCAAGUAUGGAACCCCAACAGAAGAUGGUUAUUACGAGAAACUUUCAGAAUCAGCAUUCAUCAAGUUCUAUUUGAAAUGGGAGAAGGAAGGAACAUACCAAGACACCCUCUAUCUGGACGCAGCCAAUGGUGUUGGUGCUCUGAAAGUACAGCUUAUCCUAAAACAUCUGAACGACACUCUCCGGAUUAACCUGUUUAACGAUGGUAGCAGCGGAAAACUUAAUUUCCAGUGUGGAGCAGAUUUUGUCAAACUUCAGCAGACGUCUCCAGUAGGAAUGACACUUGAGCCCGGGAGGCAGUGUAUCUCAUUUGAUGGUGACGCAGACAGAAUCAUGUACUUCUUCCAGGACCAGGCUGGCAAGUUUCACAUGUUAGAUGGAGAUAAACAAGCUGCUUUGAUAGCCGGCUACCUCCAGGAGCUGGUCACACAGAGCGGCCUGACCCUCAACCUGGGGCUAGUACAGACAGCUUAUGCCAAUGGCAGCUCUACUAACUACAUCACAGAACAAAUGGUAGUACCAGUUGCUUGUGUCCCCACAGGCGUGAAACAUCUCCACCACAAAGCAAAGGACUUUGACGUGGGUGUCUACUUUGAAGCUAACGGCCAUGGAACAGUAAUCUUCAAUGACAAAGCCACAGAUCAAAUUCUAAAUGCAGCAGGAAGUGACAGUAAUACUGCAGAACAAAAGAUGGCUGCAAAGAGGCUUGCCGUUUUAAUGGAUGUCAUAAACCAGACUGUUGGGGAUGCUAUAUCAGACAUGCUGAUUGUGGAUGCCAUACUGUAUGCUAGAGGCUGGAGUAUUGAGGACUGGGACAAAUGCUACACAGAUCUGCCCAACAGACAACUGAAGGUCAAGGUGUCAGAUCGAACAGCCAUCACCACAACCGAUGCAGAGAGGAAAGUGGUCACUCCAGAAGGCCUCCAGGCUGCCAUAGACCAACUGGUCACUGGCUACAAACAGGGCCGGUCCUUUGUCAGGCCCUCGGGAACAGAGGAUGUGGUGCGAGUAUAUUCAGAGGCAGAUACACGGGAAUCUGCGGACAGCCUGGCGUAUGAAGUGGGCCUGAAGGUGUACGAGUUGGCCGGUGGAGUUGGAGACAAGCCGGUCAAGCCUUGACCUCUGUGAUGUGUAGAACAUCCACACACAAGCUUACAUGCAGGACAAUCUUGUUAAGAUCAGAUCUUUUGCAAAGAUUCAACAUAUUUUCUUUACCCCUUGAUUCAGAAAUUUUGUGUCUGACAAAAACGAAAGAAAACAGAGAGAACACAAAUAUUCCUGUGAUGGUUUUACCUUUCAGGUGUAGAAAUCAGGGCUUAUAAAAUGUCCACAACAGUAUAAUGAGGAGGCUUUUAUUGUUUACAUUCCGGGAUGUCUGCUUUAGUUCAUUUUUUGGUAUGGCAAUCAGAUAUGCGGAUGUGCAUUCAGAUUCUUACUCAAGCUGAGAAUUUAGAAUCCUCAGGACUGUUUGAUUACAAAGUUCACAAAACUUCAUUCACAGGGAUGUAAUAUCAGAGUGAAAGAUUUGAUUUUAAUAAGCUUGACACACAAAACAUACUGGCUUAAUUAGCAGCUGUUUUAGCAGGGAGCUUUUGAAAGAAAUUGAUCUGAUACUAAAUAACUUACAUUGCCCAAACACAACACUUAUCAUUCCUUGAAGUAUUUUAACAGAUGUUAAACUUUGUCAGAGCUAAUUUUGUAAUAUUUAUUAUAAUUCUUCUGUUUUGUAGACAAUUAUCAUAUUUUGAAUGGGGAUUGAUUUUGGUUUAUUGAGAGAUGGUUUGAUCUCAUAUUCGUAUGCAACUGUCUGUUGAGAUAUUCGGCAGUGAUAAAUUAAUUGUCAGAUUUUCAUCUUCUUCAUCUUGUUGUUCUCAGGUCCCAGUAACGAAAUUCCCUAUCAGUGGUCCCUUCCUUUGACAAAACAGAUACACCAUGUUCCGUGUCCAAACAUGUAUGCUUCAUGGGAGUCAUAUUUGACAUGUAUUUACACAUGAUCUCUUUAACAGUUUACAAACAUUGCACGUAAGUAACAAGAUUGCUGCCAACUAAUUUUCAACAUUUUGAGAUGGAAGUCUUAUAAUUAAUGUAUUGUGGCCUUAUAAUGGUUGACGUUUGUCACAGUAGGGGGUGUAAGGUUGGCCCAGUUGGGUAAGGUGAUGCAAUUUGCCAUGCAGAGUUGCUUCCCUUGGAUACACCAUCCUAUAGGCCCUGUAAGUCUCAUGAGGUGCUACAUCCGGUACUAAGCUGGUUCCCGGCUCCCUUUGUGCGUGCCAACUUAUGAUAUGCGAGAUAAACCCAGCUUACUUCCAGUACGAGAUUUCCAGGGACAAGCAUUUAUUCAAGAACCAGUUCUAGUUCCAAAUUGCGCUACUGCCAAUUAUGACUUUACUAGACUGGACCAAGUGUACAACCAUGUCUGGCUGUCACAGCUGUUGACAGUCGUAAUAGUUGGUUAAUUUGGGGAUGGUUAGAUCGGAAAUUCGUUAUUCCUCCAAGUAUUAUCGGUUCUUUACUGUCAACUGACAACCAUGAGACCAUUUGAAAAGGUAUGAAACGUUGUUUGUCCCCGGAAGCACUAGGUCUCGCGAAGUGUCAUGACCUACUUACGGGCCCUAUGAUUGUGGCUUUGAAUUCGAGUUCAUCCUUGUUCUGUUUCUGUUUUUGUCAGCCCUGUAACCAUGCUCAUGGGUUACUCCAAAGUGUAAAAGUCUGAGACCUGCAUCACAUCAGGGUUUCAUUCUAUAUUUACUUGACUUCAAUCUUCUCUGUGUUGAUGAACGUAAAAA